AACAAAAGAAAAGUAAAAGAAUAAUGGUAAGGUCCUAAUGGCUUCGGAGAGUUGAAAAACUGGUUCCGAGGUGCACUCUUGUUUUGCACAUCUUCAAUCUCGGUGAUGACUCUGUGCAAGAUGUUGGGAUUUCUUAUGCUGCUCAUCGCGGCGAGUAAAUCGCAAAUCCACUUCAACGAGGAGAAAGCACCUUGCGACAUCACUUACAGCGAUCUCCACUGCAUCCACAUCAAUAAAUGUCCAGAAGCGCUUUCUGGGAUCCGAAGAGGAAUAUUCCCGAAACCAUGCGGAUUUGAAGGGAAGAUGCCCUUGGUUUGCUGCAACGAAUUAACCAAACCGGGCAAAAGAAGUAUCAGGCAAUGCGAUCAUACCUAUGAGAAGGUGAAAAUUGAUGGUGAAGGUACGAUCAAGUAUACGGCUUUGGUCCUUCCGAAGCAAACUCUAUCGGAGCAGUAUCCGCACAUGGUUUCACUGGGUAGUAAAAAUUCCUAUAGAAAGGAUGGUAGAUCGGUGAGUUGGAUGUGUAGCGGUAGUUUGAUCAGCGAAAAAUUCGUCUUGACUACGGCCCACUGCAUCGAAGAUCCAAACGAAAUCAUAAACGUUGCGAUUUUGGGUGAUCUAGACUCGGUAGGAAAACCGAAUUGUAACUCUCAAGAGUACAGAAUUAUCAGAAAAGUGGUCCAUCCGGAUUUCCGAGCUCCAUACAGAUACAACGAUUUGGCGGUUGUAGAACUGGAGAGACCUGUGGAAGUGACGAAGUACGUGAAACCUGCAUGUCUUCAGACGCGGUACGAUAUUGCGGACGCCUGGUGGGAGACCAGCGGAUACCAAAAUCAACGUCUAUACAAUAUGCGUCUCUAUGAAAGCACUUUGUUUAACUGCGAUAAUUACUUCAAAUCAAAACGAUUUUCCACUUUCCUACCAAAAGGUGUUAAUUAUACGACGCAAUUCUGCGCUCAGAAAUCAUCAGAGGAGACUCAGAUUCAGGAAGGAACUGGAGGACCACUGCAAACCAUUAAUUGGCAUUAUUUGGAUGGAUGGACUGUAAUAGGUGUGACAGUGAUUGAUGCCGUCAAGGGUAUCGGAUUGUAUACUAGAUUAUCUCAUUAUAUUCCAUGGAUUGAAUCCGUUGUUUGGCCAUGAGAUAUCUAAGAUUCAAUUAACAUUUAUUUUCUAAUUACUUAGUACAUUUACAGCUCAAAUUAAGCGCAAAAUA